GGUCUCCGUUAGUUCAAAAUGACCACUUGGUCGAGCAUUGCAUUGGUUUUGGGUUUGGGCCUGUUGGCCGUGGAUGCGGCGGCGCCCUGGUGGCAGACGGCCUCCUUCUAUCAGAUCUAUCCGCGCUCCUUCAAGGACAGCGAUGGGAAUGGCAUUGGGGAUCUAAACGGCGUCACCGAGAAGUUGGAGUACCUGAAGGAGAUUGGCGUGACGGCGACUUGGCUGUCGCCAUUCCUGCGCUCGCCCAUGGCGGACUUUGGAUAUGACAUCUCGGACUUCAAGGAGGUGGAUCCGCUCUUCGGCACAAUGGAGGACUUCGAGAAUAUGGUGGCACGUGCCAAGCAGCUGAACGUAAAAAUCAUUCUGGACUUUGUGCCCAAUCAUUCCAGCGAUGAGUGCGACUGGUUCGUACGCUCUGCUGCCGGCGAAGAGAAGUACAAGGACUAUUAUAUCUGGCAUCCGGGCUUCGUCGAGAACGGCGUACGCAAGCCGCCCAGCAACUGGGUGAGCGUGUUCCGUGGCUCCGCCUGGGAAUGGCAUGAGGGACGUCAGGAGUACUAUCUACACCAGUUCCACAAGAAGCAGCCGGACUUUAACUUCCGCAAUCCCGUUGUGCGCGAGGAAAUGAACAACGUUCUGCGCUUCUGGCUGGAGAAGGGCGUCGAUGGCUUCCGCGUCGAUGCCAUUUACCAUGCCUUUGAGAUCGAGGCCGAUGAAAAUGGCAACUACCCGGACGAGCCGCGCAACGACUGGACGAACGAUCCCGAUGAGUACGGUUACACCCACAAGAUCUACACAGUCGACCAGCCCGAGACGCCCCAUUUGGUGUACGAAUGGCGUGAGAUUCUGGACCAAUUCCAAGAGGACAACGGCGGCGAAGAGCGCAUACUCAUGGUGGAGACCUGGUCCCCAAUUGAGAUUGUGAUGCACUACUACGGCAACGAGACGGCCGAGGGCGCCCAAAUACCAUUUAACUUCCAGCUGAUAGUUAAUCUGAACGAGAACUCCGAUGCUUAUCACUACGAGUACUUGAUCAACAACUGGCUAUCGCAAAUGCCGAGCGGCAAGAGCGCCAACUGGGUGAUCGGCAAUCACGAUAAGAACCGCGUGGGCUCACGCUUUGGCGCCGAUCGCAUUGAUCUGUUCAACAUCUUGCUGCUGACGCUACCCGGCUGCAGUAUUACCUACCAGGGCGAGGAGUUGGGCAUGCUGGACGGCUAUGUGUCGUGGGAGGAUACUGUCGAUCCACAGGCCUGCAAUGGCUACGAGGAGAACUAUAUGUGGAAUUCGCGCGAUCCCGCUAGAACACCCAUGCACUGGACAAACGGCAAGUUGGCUGGGUUUACCAGCGGCAGCGGGACCUGGCUGCCAGUUGCCCAGGACUAUGCCGAGCGCAAUGUCCAGACGGAGCGCGGCGCCCCGCUCAGCCAUCUGAAUGUCUACAAGCGCCUGCAGCAGCUGCGCCAGGAGCCAAGCAUUCAGCAGGGCGCAGCUGAAAUCAAGGCUGUCAAUGGCUACGUCUUGGCGGUCGAACGCUAUCUGAGUGGCAAUUACGUAUACAUUUCACUACUCAACAUCUUCGAUCAUAUCGAGAACGUGAAUCUGAAUGAUGUGUUCCGCGGCUUGCCCGACAGCUUCCAGUAUGCUCUGGUCACAGACAAGUCCAUCAAGCAGCUGGGCGACAAGGUAUCCAGCAGCAGCGUUACCCUGAUGCCGCACGAGUGCGUGGUCCUGCGCUCCACGACCACCAUCUAAGAUCACCUGGUGUUAUAUGCGCAAUAAAAAGCAAAUAUUGUUUAUCUCGAUUUGAUUUA